UGGGUUAGUCGAUUCGCGAUAGCCGGGCGAGAAGCUAGUUCGCCAUGGAGCCCACCUGCAGCAGCAGUGUGGCGGAACUGGCCAAGUACAGCGAGGAUGUGGAAGCGGAUGAGUCCAAGCUGGCGGAGCAUCAGGAAUACGCCGAAGCGCUGUCAAUGUCCGGGGAAGGGCGGAAGCGGAAACGCUGGACUCGAAGGUCCUGCUGCACGCGGCAAGUGCUGAGUGUGGGCGCCAUUUUCAUCGCACUGCUGCUCAUCAUCGGCGCCAUUUACAUGCACUUAAGACAGAAGCAUCAUCUGGGCCGAAUGCACAUCAAUCUCAAGGAUCGAGACCAAGUGGAGGUCCUGGCGGAGGACUUUCCCGUGGUCACCGCUGCGGCAGUGGCUGACUGAUUAGAAUUGCCAUAAGAUGAGCCAGCAGAUGUCAGCGUUUUGAAAUUAUAGCGAUUAUAAAUGAAAGCUUGCACAACAACUAUACAAUGUGUGAGUUGUUUUUACUAUGGUCAUACAUAUUUUAUUCGACUUUUAAUCAGUCAUUUCAAAUAGUGACAGUCAUUGCACAGUCAAGCACUUAAAUGUUUGAAAUUAAACUGUUAAUAAUAAAUACACAUCUGCUACAGAUUGCGAACUUGAAGUAUAGAUUUAUAGUUCAUCCCCUUGCCCUAAGUUCGACUUGGCAACUUUAGUUUGAAACAAUUAUUUUGCCGACGGAAGACUUAUAUUUCUUAAAUAACAGCACGUUUAUGAACACCGAAUGUGAACUCAAUUUAAGUUUCGUUUAGCAACGCACUCUGCACUUUUAAGGCCAAAGUACAGACAGAACUAUGUUUUACAUCAAUUUAAAGUUCAUAAAAGUGCAAUUUAAAGUUGCUUCGGCAAUUCUGCUAAUAAAACAUACUCCAAAAACUUGGCAACUUACAAGGAGUGUGCGGUUAAAACGUGAGGUCUAUGAGCUAUUUACAUCCCAGGGAACUAUGGGAACUAUGGGUAACUCUCGGCCAACUAUGCUGCAUGUUAGUUUGUAAGCCAUAUUGUGUGGUAAAUAGUUUCGAUUAAACGGCUA